UCAAGAAAGAUAACUUUGUUCAAAAUCAUUGAACCACAACAAAAUUGAAACUUGAACUGCUUAUCCCUAAGAUGUAUCUACAUGUCAAAUUUGAGUUGAAUGUGUACAACCAUUAGGGAGAUAAUGAACGGAAACUUCAAAUUUCUGAUUUUUUUUUCAAAGUUCAAGAGGGAUAACUCUGUCAGCUAUCAUCAAACCAUGACUUAAAUUCGAAAUUGACCAAUGCAUUCAUAUGACAUAUCCAUAUCUUUAAUUUCAGUUGAAUAUGUACAACCGUUAGGGAGAUAAUGAAUGGGAACUGAAAAUUUUUUUCAAAGUAAAAGGGGCAUAACUCUGACAAAAAUCAUUGAACCAUGACCAAAGUAUAAUGCUCCACUUAGUGGUGGCCAUAUAACAAUUGUGUUUAAGAGCUUGCACGCAUGAAAUCUAUUAAAACAAGACUAUAUCAAUUUUAGAAUAGAUCCAUUUUAGUACUUGUGCCCUUCUUAAAAAAACAUUUUAUGUAAAUUUGUAGAGAAUGAUUUCAGUUGAACUUUGUUAAAAUCUGUUCUGUGAGAAAAUAUUUUGUUGACAUAAAUCAUUGACUGUCAACAGACAUCAUGUCAUAAAAGAAGCUAACAUAUGAAUAAUUUAUGCUCAUGUGAGCUUAUAAUGGAUACAUGAACAGCUAUUAUCAGGACAAAUAUGUCUGACUGAUAAUGUUUUUAUUAAGGAUAUUCAAAUAUAACAAUAACAAAAGUAACAAUUAACUUCAAUAGCAAUGCUUACUUGAUAUAAGCAUGUAAAACAUCAUAGAAGUAUACAUGAGGUGAGUGUUACUAUUAUUUUCCAGUAAUUGUUUGAUAAUUUAGUAUAAAUUGACUCUUAUGUUUAUUAAACACUUGGAAUUGGCUUUUUAACAAAAAUCAUUUUAACUAUUUUCCACUGUCUUUUAUAUUUAUAAAUUGAACAGAAAGUAAUGAAACUGUAUUAAAAAUUGCAUUUAAAUAGUUUUUAGUUCUAAAUAAAUAUCUUUGAUUGCCCUUACAUCUUUUUUUAUUCAAGUCUUUUUUUUAUUACAGAUAAUGGCAAGACGACAUUUUAAUCCAAGACCUGAUAUAUUGGAAGACCUUUCAGACUUUGAAAUUCUGCAGAGGUAUAGAUUGAACAAAAAUGGGAUUCUUUUUUUAAGUAAAGAGUUGUCGCAUGUAAUUGAACCGAACACUAAAAGAAAUCAUAGUUUGAGUGCACUGCAUAAGAUCUUAAUAACAUUGAGAUACUUAGCUUCAGGUUCUAUACAGCUUAAUUAUGCAGAUGUGCAUGGAGUUUCUCAACCCACAGUUUCAAGAGUUAUAACUCAAGUUGUUGAUGCUAUAUUUGAAUCUGACCUAAGGAAAAGAUUGAUCAAGUUUCCUACUUCAAUAGAGGAAAUAAAAACUGUAAAAAGGGAUUUUUACGAAGUUGCAAAUUUCCCAAAUGUUAUUGGUGUCAUAGAUGGGACACAUAUUCAAAUUCAGUCACCAUCUAGAGAAGAAGAAUGCUAUGUUAAUAGAAUGGGAUAUCAUUCUAUAAAUACUCAAAUUGUAUUUGAUGCCAACUAUAAAAUAAUUGAUUUGGUAGCUAGAUGGCCUGGAGCUACACAUGAUAGCAGGAUGUUAAGAGAAAGUGGUCUCUACAACUUUCUAGAUGGAAACUCUUUGCCAGGAAACAAUUAUUUGUUAGGAGAUAGUGGCUAUCCUUGCAAACGCUGGCUUUUGACCCCAUAUCUAGCCCCCCCAACCUGGAGCACAGUUGAUGUACAAGCACACAAAAAGACUCGCACAUUGGUGGAAAGAGGGAUAGGUAUACUAAAGAGAAGAUGGGGAGUUUUACAUGGAGAAGUUAGACUCAACCCAAUCCAAGUGUGCAAAGUAAUAACGGUUUGUGGAAUUCUACAUAAUGUAUGCCGAUCAAUGAACAUUCGGUUAUUGGAUGAAGUGCCAGCCACUACUACUGAUCAAGGAGACCAAGCAUUUCAUGGCCCACAAGAAGGCUUACGAUACAGAGAUGCAAUAGCUAAUCAAUAUUUCUAAUAAAACUUGAUAUAUACAGAAGUUUAGCCAUUAAAAAGUCCAUUCAUAUGAACAUAUAUAGAAAUAAUAAAUAUGUUUCUAUGUUUUAUAUAAGUAAUAAAAAAGUAUAACAUUUUGUUAUCUUAAUGUAUACAGCCCCUGACUAGCAUCAAUUUUGUAAAUUUUCCACAAUAAUAUUCUAUAUUUAAUAUUUAUAUUAAUGAAUUGUACUAUAUUCUGGAUAUA